AUGGACUCCCAAAGGAUGUGCCGUAACUUCGCCAGAGGCAAUUGCCAAUGGAAAAACUGCAAAUAUGCUCAUGUGAGCAAUGGCCAUAGCCGCAGUCCAACAAUCCCAACCAGCCAGAUCCAACACCCUGAGCCGCUGCCCCGACGAGCUUGUGGCUUGCCAAAUGCAGACAAAGCGUUCCAAGCAUGGCAGGGCAGUAUUCCUCUACGCACGACGGCCAUUCGUCCCUCCUCCGGAAAGAAAACGACUAUCUUCCGGAAAGCGAGGGAACUGAUUGAAUCUGACGCCAGUAUACGACAAGAAGUCAUCCGGACAUUGGCGAGUGAGGAUGGCUUGCGCCUAGUCUUGGACCUUGUUCAAGAAAAUUUCGAAGACAUGGAUGCCCCAACGAGAGACUUGAUUUUCAAGACUCAAGUGCUACCAUUUCUAGAGACAGUCUCAAAUUCCGAGGUUAUAUCCUCUCUGGUACUGGAGCAGGCAGUGGGCACAAUCUACAAUGUCUUGUUUGGAAUCGAUGGAUCUAGAGCAGCGCGAUGGCUCAAUUUCAUCUGUGGCGUUCUCGAAAUCGACACCACCAACGAAGGCAGUGCCAUGUUACUGGAGGCAUCGCUACACACAUUCUCUCGCAUCGCGGACCUGAACUCUACGGCUCCUAUCCAGGACUGCCUGCAUGCCGUGGCACAGAGAUUCGAAACUGUGCUCACCUCGAUGAGUACCAAGAACGGCAUGGGCAGUAGACUUUAUCAAUCUCGGCAGCACCUUGACCGUCUUCUUCAGCGCAUGGAGACUGGGAAGUUGCUCCCAACAGGUACACCAGAGAAGAAAGUCAAGAAUGAAAACAAUGUCGCUUUUGUCCCCAACCGCGAGACCCCCGGUGGCAGACACAACAAUGACUUUGACGAUAUCUGCCAGAUUAAGAUCAUGCCCAGCUUUGAAGAAAUCUGCAGCCUUCGGGGGGAGUACUUGCCCGUCAAUAAUCCACUUCAAUGGCAUAUUGAUGGUAUCGACGGAUUGCUAGAUCGAAACUUUCGGUUGUUGCGAGAAGACACCGUCGGUCAACUUCGGGAUGCAAUCCACCACGAACUGAGUCCGCGUGCCCAGCAAUCACAAUUGCGCAAGUUCGUAUAUCCUAAGUCCUUCGUGGUCAAUCUCGAGUUCAAUUGGCUUUCGGGCCUUUACUUCGAAGUCGACUUCCCUCAGCCUGCUGGAGUAACAAACUACACACCCAUGGCCCGAGAGAUGUGGUGGCAGAACUCAAAACGUUUACAGCCUGGCGCGCUUGUGUGCCUCAUCAUUCAAAAAGAUGUGGUGUUGUUUUGCACCGUGACACAUCGUGACAUGUCACCCAGGCGCAAAAGGGAUAAUGUCCCCCCACAGGAUCACCUCCCCCCACAGAACAAAACAGAGCCAAAAACGUUGUGGAAGAGCUCCACGAGAGGCUCGGUUAUGUUGAUGUUGGUUGAUUCUCGGUACACCAACACUCAAGUCGUUCUAGACCUUUUUAGUCCCAAAAAACCUACUAUGUCUCUGGUGGAGUUUCCAGGAGUCAUUCUUCCAGCAUUUGAACCGGCGCUGCAAGCACUUCAAUCGAUGAAGAUGGCACAAAAUCUACCUUUCUCAGAUCUGUUUGUCCCGUGGGCCUCUGACGAUUUCAACAUAUCCGACAUGGCCCCUGCAUUGUAUGCUUCGCAGCCUGGCUUUGCAUUCAAUCUCCGCUGCCUCAUGAAGGAUGAUACCAAUUUCUACGUCCGCGUUAAUCAACCAUCUGACGUGAAAUACGUACAGGAUCAUUCAACCCUGGAUGGUGCACAGGCUCAUGCAUUGAUCAGUUGUUUGAAGCGAAAGCUCGGUUUGAUCCAAGGGCCACCUGGUACCGGUAAGAGCUACACUGGUGUGGCUCUUGUCAAAGUGUUACUGGCAAACAAAGAAGCCACCAGAGGAAGAUUGGGGCCCAUAUUAUGUGUCACUUAUACCAAUCAUGCCCUUGACCAACUUCUUGAGGCUUUACUGGACAACAAUGUGACGUCGCAAAUUGUUCGUAUUGGAUCCCAGUCUAAGUCGGAGAGGCUGGACAAAUUCAACCUUCAGACUGUUGCGAAAGAUACAACAAGAACAAAGAUGGAGAAGAAAGAAAGAUGGAGCACAGCUGAGAGACUCUCAUUGUGUGAGGAUGGCUUUCACGCCCUUGACCUGAAAAAAGAAGUCUCCAUUGCUCGUCUCAAGUCCUAUAUCCAGCGGACAAGCCCCAGCCACCACGAUCAGCUAUUUUCACUGGUCCAGGAAGAUGGUUUCUUGGGAGUAAAAAUCGACAGCCCCCAGACCGCAAUCACCUCUUGGCUUGAUUCAGGAGCCAAAGACAGUGCUCGUGCACGACCCGUGGACCAACUCAAGAACAUCAAUGUUUUCGAGAUGUCUCGAAAAGAACGACAGCAUCUUUACAACCACUGGUGUCGUGAUUAUCGGGCAGAAGUGAACGAAAAAGUUCGGCAAAUCAUCACAUCACACAAGGCUGCAAAACAGGGGUAUGAUAGCGUCCAAGACGAGAUGCACCUUCGCUGCCUGGUUGAAGCAGAUGUCAUUGGCGCCACCACGGCGGGACUUGCUCGCAGACUUGAUAUGUUCCGAAGACUUCCAUGCAAGUUCAUGCUGUGCGAAGAGGCUGGUGAAGUUCUUGAAUCACAUCUCCUUACGGCGUUUAUUCCUUCUGUUGAGCAUGCAAUCCUCAUCGGCGAUCAGCAGCAGCUUCGCCCUCAGGUCCAAAAUUACGAUCUUUCUAGCGAGAAUCCUCGGGGUGGUGCGCAAUACUCACUCGAUAUCUCCUUGUUUGAAAGACUGGUGAGCACAAACAAAAGCCCUAUGGACUGUGGAGCUCCUUUCAGCACACUGGAAACUCAGCGGCGAAUGCAUCCAUCUAUCGCUCGGCUGAUUCGUGAAACACUGUAUCCAAAGUUGAAGGAUGCUCCAUCUGUUUCGGAGUAUCCGGAGAUUAUGGGGAUGCGGAAAAGAUUAUUCUGGUUGGAUCACCGGCAGCGAGAGGGAGGAUCUGACGCCGAUGCCAUGUCAACCUCUCACUGGAACAAUCAUGAAGUCGAUAUGACCGUUGCGCUGGUCAACCAUCUUAUUCAACAAGGUGAAUACAAGCACGGAGACAUUGCGGUGUUGACUCCAUAUCUGGGUCAACUCUACCGACUACGAAAACGGCUCGAUGAACUCUUUGCCAUUAUAGUAGGGAACCGUGAUCGAGAGGAUCUCAAGCAGGCGGGUUAUGCGGAUUUUGAAACCAAGGAGAAGCCCACGAUCAAAGCAGCCUUGUCACAGACUCUUCGCGUGGCCACCGUAGACAAUUUCCAAGGUGAAGAAGCAAAGGUUGUUGUGAUAUCUCUAGUCCGAAGCAACGCAAAGAACCAAUGCGGCUUCCUACGCACUUCCAAUCGAAUCAAUGUUCUGCUGUCACGAGCACAACACGGCAUGUACAUCAUCGGCAAUUCAGAGACCUCAAUCCAUGUUCCCAUGUGGGCUCAAGUCAUACACCGAUUGCGGUCUCGACGCCAGAAGAUUUUCCAAAGUUCUCUCCUGAAGGAGGUUGUGACCUGCGCUGUGUCAACCGGCUGGGCUGUGGACAUGCCUGCGCCCAAAAAUGCCAUUCGGAUGUUCUUCACAACGCUGUCUUUUGCCUAG